AUGUCGCAUCGUAACCAGAGUAUAGGUGGGAAUGAUCAUUCUUUCCAAGGGAAAACUAGGAAGAUAUCAGGAUGGGUCAAAAGAAUAAUACAACCCGGACGUGAAUCUAACCCAGUAGCUAAUAACACUACACUGCAACUACCGGUGACCAACCAUAGAAGCAACAGCAAUCCCAAUACAAAUACAAAUCAGCAGUCACAGCACAUGCUGAAGGGCGAUAAGCAUAUUGGUAUUGAUCUUACAAAAUCAGAAAAACGUUUAAAAGAAAGGCAGCGGAAGGUCUACGAUCCCACAGAUGAAUAUAACGCUAGUUUAUACCAAAAGAAUGCUAGUUUUCAUCGAAGUGCUAAGAAAUCAUCAUCAAAGAGUCGGAUAGUUAGAUCAAGAGCUGAUUCAGCUCCUGAGUCAUUACCAGCAUCAAGAUCACUUUCCAAUUAUUUAAUGCCACUCUCACCAUCACUUUCGUGUGAUUCUGAUAGGGUAACAAUAAGUUCCUCACUGAUGCCGCUGUUUGCAAAUGAUUCUGAUUCUGAUAACGAUAGUACAUGUCGUAGUCCGCGGCCCAGAAGUAAGUACAGUUUACUAUCCAAGGAGCAACACGCAGAGUCGAUUGUAUCAGACCAUGAAAUGGACUUAUCUAGUAUGGCUCCUUUAGUUUCUGUUUGUUCAUCAUCAGUUAAAUCUUCAACCUUUUCAGAUAUACACUCUAUCCAAUCAACAAGGCCGACGGUAUUUUCUUCAAGGACACAAGAGACCAAUUCUAGCACAAUGGCCAUUCCACCAGCUAGCAUUUUGGACAGAGCAAGGCAAUCCACUCUUACAAUGAACACUGGCGUAAAUACUGUCUCUACAGUUGCUAGUGGUAAUACUAGACCUCCUCAAAGGCUACUAGCGCGAAGAGAUAGUGGCCACACAUUAAAUUCCAUUUUGACAAUAAAAUCAAAUUAG